AUGAAUACGCCAUUCGGCGAAGUUUUUCUAUUCCUCACCGAUUUGGCAUGGAAAAGUCGUGUCACUAUACCGAUGUUAGUAACAACGAUCUUCCUAAUUAUGGAUAUACGUUUGCAAAUCGAAAUUAAUAUACAGUCAGGACAGGCUGCGGCUGAUUUAGACCAAAUAGAUUUCGUUGAUGAUAAUAAUGAUGAUGAUGAUGAUGAUGUUGAUGAUGAUGACGACGACGUUGAUUCAGACGACUAUCUUAGCGAUGAUGCGCAUGAUGAAGAUGAAAAUUCAAAUGGGUAUAUGGAAUUUGUAAAUGCUGUUGAACGCGCGCGUAACGAUCGAAAUCAUGAUAACGCUGCUAAUCGCUUACGGCGUUCCCUGGGCUGGAGUUAGUCUUUGUUCUUCUUUGUGUAAUAUGUAUAUGCAUAAAAUUUACCAAUUUCCAUUAGUAACAGCGCAAAUGCAAAAAUUAUGCUAAUCGUGACCCGUAAUCAAAUAAAACAAAAAAUAUUAUAUACAUAUUUAAUUGUAUCCAAAUUACCUUUGCGAUAAUGUUGCUCUUAAGCCGUAAUUACUAUGUCUAAUAAAAUUUAAAUGUAAGCAAUCAAAUUUAA